CAGUCGGCUUCGUUAGCCUCACUACUCAGACACUGUCUCCGAGCUAUGAGUGAAACUAUAAUACCCAGCAUUCCACUGCCGCCUGCCGGAAAAGGAAAACGCAUGGAUGUAUGUGUUUACAAUCUUUCUUAACAAGCUUAAAUUCGCAGGUGCUGUUCCUCAUGAAACAAGUGUAGGCGAUACCGGCAAGAGAAAAUAAUGACACAUGUAUUAUUUGCCACUGCUCAUUUAGUAUGAUAUAACAGUAUGUGUUUGUUUUGUACUUGUACAACAGGCGGGGUAGCCAAAUAAUCUGUCGCAUCGUCAGGCCACCCACCCACCAUAUGCAGCAGUGAUUUUUAAGAAGUGGGACAAGCGAACAGAUGGCGCAUCUAGGCUGCGCGCGACAGGGACACCUACAGUGUUGAAACAGUGUUGGAUAUGAACAAGGCAGCUAGUAAAGGCGUGUUUUAUGUAGUCUACAUCUAUGCCAUUUCUGAGUGGAUUGGAUAAUAUUACAUCGUAGGAUUUCCUCCUGAAUCGUUGCUUGAGCCUGCCUACUCUACUUUGGCGCGGGUAUUGGAAAACACGCAGUGACAGGGCCAUCGCCACCGGUAGCUAUAAUCAGAGAGGAAGAAGCGAAGUGAAGCUUUUGCUAUAAUCUCCUAUUUGACGCCUCUCUCAGUUGGUAAACAAUGGUUGACAACCGUUAUGCCACGGCUUUGGUUAUCAGCUGUGUGCUCAGCGUGCUGGCUACGGUGUACCUGUCUGUAGCGGUUGGGACGCAGCACUGGUACCAGUACACUAGUCCCCCGGUGCGCGGCGAGGCCAACGUAUCCGAACUGCGGUCGCUGCAUGAUGAAUUCAUGGACGGGGAAUUCGAUGAGAAGACCUACAGCGACACGCUCUUCCGUCUCAACGGGACCAUAGGCCUCUGGUGGCGCUGCGUUCUGGUGCCAUCUCAUACCCACUGGUACAAGGAGUCGGAUCCAAAGAUGGUGAUGAAAUGUGUUAGCUUCACGUUAACACAGCAGUUUACCCCAAAGUACAAAGAGCCAGGGAACCACAACAGUGGAGAGGACAUGCUGCGGACCUACCUGUGGAGGUGCCAGUUCCUACUGCCAUUAAUCUCCUUAGGUCUGGUGGUGCUGGCAGGCUUGAUAGGGUUCUGUGCCUGCCUCUGCCACAGUCUCACCCCCACCCUGGGCAUAGGAAUGCUCCACCUACUGGCUGGGCUGUGUACUCUAGCCACAGUGUGCUGUUACCUGGCAGGAAUGGAUCUCCUCCACAGGGUCUCUGUGCUGCCAGACAAGGUGGACGGCUCCCUGGGCUGGUCGCUCUACCUGGCCCUCAUCUCAUCCCCACUGCACAUGAUGGCUGCCGCUCUCCUGGUGUGGGCGGCACGCAGCCACAGUCAGAACUACUACCGCAUGACUGCCUACAGGGUAGCAUAGAGACCAGGCCUGCUGGUGCCUGACUAUCUGUUUUUAUAUAGGCACAUUUCCAAAUCAAAACCAUAAUUCCAACCACAUGAUACUUGUUGAUCGUGAAAUAACUGAAUAAGAAUAUAGAAAAUGCUAAUCUUUGCCCUCUGAUAGGCUACUGGGAUUUUCACCCUAUUGCUUUUCACACAGUUGCUUAUCCAAUCAUUUCAGAUCUAUUAAAGUGCCUAGUGUAAGAGUGAGGGAGUUGACAUUGGGAAACAGUGUGACCCAGAACAAAAUGUACCAUUGGUUAGACCAACAAGCAUAUAAUUGUUUAUAAUAGACUUUCCAAACCGUAACCAGCCACAGUCAGAGAUGCUUCCAUUCGACUUUCAUAUGUACUAACUAGCAAGAGAUAUUAUUGGCCCAUGUUUGGAAAAUCAAACCGUUCUGAAAGAAAUAUGUUUAUGGUGAUUUUAGUCCAAACAUUUGAUUACAGGACCAGUCAAAAGUUUGGUCACACCGACUCAUUCCAGGGUUUUCUUAUUCUACAUUGUAGAAAAAUAAUGAAGACAUCAAAACUAUCAAAUAACACAUAUGGAAUCAUGUA